AAGCAAAGCAAAGCAUCUGCAGGGAGAGACCUUUACACAGAGCAGCACCUGUGGCUGAACAGCUCCAGGAGGGAUCAGCAGCAAAACAGAACCAGGCUCCGUUCUGCGAGCACACCCAAGUACAGCCACUGUUAUGGGAAAUACACUGUCUAUUCAAAAAGAACCUGAAGACCAAGAUCCUGUUAGUGCAACAGCAUAUUCACAGGUUUCCUCUGAACCUCCUGAAAGCCUUAAGAAUGGACCUGUCACCAUCCAGCCGGUACAGACGGAGCUUUCUGCAAACAGUAACACAGUAGAUGCAACAGUGAGUGUUGGCCUGGAUAAUGCAGCUGUUUCUUCCCAGAAAACAAUGGAGAUGAGCUCCAUCUCUGAGGCCCAUGGAAAUAAUCUCGGGAAAGAAGCCAAACCUAUUCCACCAGCUGCCAAAUCUCGUUUUGCCUUUGCAUUUUCACGGUCUGUACCAGGACGUACUGAAGCGCAGGCAACAAAUCCAUCCGUUGGAUCAGCUCAACUUGAUGUCAGCUCAGAGGCAGUUCAAGCAAACAAAGCACCGAGUGAAAACGGGGGGCUUUCGGUUGCAGCUGCAGCAGAGACAGCUUCUGAUAAAAACCUAAGCGAAGCAUCUCUCAGUGAAAUCGAACUCUCGGCCCCAGCUAAAGAGGAGGAUGCCCCUUUACCCAAGCCCAAAGAAUUAACCUUUUUGGACAGACUCUUCAAAGUGGAAAGAGGAAGACAGAAGAGCAAAGUACAGGAACAAAGUCAAGAGGAGGUGACCGAAAACAAUCCAGGUGUAGACAUCUCCUUGGAAGAAACUGCAGGAUUACAAAGCACGCCAGAUCAUGAACUUCAAGGAAAGGAUUUAACAGAUGAGUGCAAGCAAACCACCCUGCAGCAGGAUACAGCAGUUGCCAGUGGCUUGGCCUCUGAGGAUCUUGCCCAAGAAGAGGUAAAAACAGAGAACAUUAACACAACAACCAGGACAGACAAUAACAUCAUGAGCUUCUUCAAAACAUUGGUUUCACCAAGCAAAGCAGAUUCCAAGUGUGACACUGAGGAAAAGGCAAAAAAAGAUGUUCCGCAGACAACAAAUGCCAAGAAUACCGAGCAGCCUGUCACCAUUGUCCCUGUUACAAAACCAGAAACAAAUGUACCUCCAUCUCAGGAGAGUCCAGCAGUGAAGCAAAGUGUGAAAGCCCCAGAAGCUCCAGUACAACCACCAGCCCCAGCAGCUGUGGUUGUCACCAAUGAAGCUCCCAAGGAGAUGACAAAGGAGAGAUCUUCUUCUACCCCCACACCCCUAAGUAAAUUCUUUUGGAAAAAGACUCCCACAGAUGACAUAGAGGUGAUAAACACUGAAAGAAUUGAAGCGUCCCCAGAGGUCCCAGCAAAAGAUGAAAGUAGGAGCCAGGAAGGUGUAGAAACCAAGUCUAAAGGAGAGGAGAAACCCACCAAAACAAAUCUGAGAAAAUUCUUUAAACUGUCAGUCAGGAGUGACACAGGGGUAACUCCUUCUGAAAUAAAUGGGCCAGCACCUGAUCACCAAACACUGGACUUCACAGACAGACCUUUGACCCCGGCUGAGAACCGAGACCCUGCAGCCAAAGGGAGCCGCAAGAAUUCAACGGAGAACCUGAACAGGCAGCAAGAAAUCACCCAGGACACCAAGGGUCCACAAGAGUCCAGGCAACAGGAAACAGCCGAGAGAGACUCCCUUCAGAACGGAGGGGAUGCAGCACAACAAAGCCCUCUUAAGCGAACGGAGAAGCGACAAUCCUUCGGAGGGUUUCUCAAGGGCCUUAGCCCCAAACGGAUGUCGGAUGCUGGGGUACAAACAGAUCCUGUGUCUAUUGUGUCUGUCGUGAAGCCCAAAUAAUGAAUAACCUGAAGUCUCUGAAGAAUCACUGGAGCACCGUUACUUUUUCUCCUUGCGGGACAAAAAGAAAGGAAGAAAUGAUUGGUAUUGUUCAUCCCUCCCUCUCUCCCUCCCUCCCUUUUCGUGGCUGUAGCAAACUAAGUCUUGUGCCUGAGGACGGAUGUACAGAUCCAAGGUCAUCCCAAGCAAGGUGUUUUAUGGGCUGUGUGGGCGCACAUGCCUGUUUCCACUGUCACCCGUGCACUGCUUCUCCCACUGAACUGCCUUGUCUGCCCUCCCUGCAGUUCAGUCUGUUGAACACCACGCCCAUCUUCUCUCCUGGUGCCAUUACCACCACGCCUCUCAUGGGAUGACCAUGAGGCUGACCUAUCGCUGCCCCACUGUCCUCACUGGUCGUGCAUCCAAAAAGGCAGCAUCUGAUUGGUUUAGCUGCCUGACAUUCCUCUUUCUAGCACAUAGCAAUAAAAUGGAGUGGUGGGGCUGCAGCCUGGGCUAAAGAUCCAAAUUAAACACCACCACCCCCCUUCCAGCAGCCCUGAAUGCACCCACUGUGCUAAUAUAUGUUUUGAGAGACUACCUUUUACAGAACAUGUUCUCUUAAAAGCUAGCAGAUAAUAAAAGCUUACCGAGACAGACACAAUGGGGAGACAGUAAGAUUUAAAUGGAGUUCAGCAUCCAGGACAGCUGGUAGGUUCACCGGAAGGCAAAAGCUGAUAGAGGAAUACCAGUAGGGGGAAAUGGGUUAAGAUCAAAUGUGUCUACCAAUUGUUUCACUCUUUUUUCUGUAUUAGGAAUCUAAAAAAACAAACAAAAACAAAUUAAAAGAAACAGGAGAAAGCCUGCAUACAAAUUCAUAUAACCUAUGCAUGUCUAAUAUAUGCAUUUCUGUAUUGAGUUCAUAAUGUAUCCUAUUUAGCCACCAAUAUUUCUUAUAUUUUGCUGCAUUAUAUGCAAUUUUUGUGUGCAUCUUUUUAGCUGCAAACCGUGUCCCAGAGUUUUGCAAACUGUGGAUUUUGAUGCAUAAGAAUGUUCCGUUCACUUAUAAAUUCAAGAAAAGUGAACUGCUGAUGUUUGUAUUUUUAAAAUGGAAGAAAAUGUAUUUCUCCUCCAUGCCUACAUUUCCAUUCUGAAAUGUAACCUCCACCCCAGGUUUCUUCCAAUGUCCUGAUUUUAAGAGAGGGUCAUCUUAGGACAUCUGAUUGCAGGUCCCAUGUCCCAUUUAGCACUAACCCUGCUGGGUUAGAACAGCAGAAGGAGUCUGGUAGAACUUUUCCCAGCUAACAGAUUUUAUUAAAAUAUGUAAACCUUCAUGAGCUGUAGCUAUAACUCAUGAAAGCUUACUCCUUUUAAUAAAAUUGGUUAGUCGGAAAAGGUGCUACCAAACUCCUCCGGAUUUUUGGCUACCAUAAGACCAGCAUAGCUCUCACUGUACAAUCAGAGCAGCAUGUAAGCCCCAGUAAAUGAAUACAAUAAAUAAAUAAAUAAAUUUCCUCCUUAGCUUCAUGAUCUUUGAUCAGCAAAAAUUCUGCAACCCUUGGUUGCAGCUAAGCCAAUCAUUUCAGAACCAGUUUGGAGGAUGAGCAAAGUUCUGAAAGCUUCCUCUGACUCAUAUUAGAAGAGCAGUCUUGGAUCAUUUGUCUUAGUUUGCCCAGUUAUGCAAAGAAUUCCAUUUGUAUUUGUGUGUUUGCUAUUUGUUUAUUUUUCAGUAAUUUACAUCACAUAAAUUCAGUUUCCCUGCUCUGCGAGAUCCUGAGUGCAUGCAGAAGUAUGAAGCAAAUUAAUGGGUAAUGGCUGUUGAUAUUCUACUUAUUCAUUCUUACCCUGCCAUUGUGCUUUCAUAUUUACUGAAUUGAUAUAUAACAAACAGGGGCCUCUAUAAGAGGCAUUAAAAAAGCCACAAUAGCAGCUGCACCCGUGCAAAUCAAAGCCCCGCCCCUUUUUAGGCGGGUCACGUUCGGCUUGGAUGCUCUUUUUGCCAUGGGCCCAGGGUGAGUUGAGGAACAGCGGGUGAUGCACGAAGCAACAGCUCACAGCUCACAGAAAUACAGACUCUCCCGCUUCAAAACAAGUGGAUGUUUCCUUUAUAGUCUGCCAGAAUCUGAGUCCAUCCAAUGUCUGUUGGAACUGGGAAACAAACUGAUAUCUAAGGUUUUUUUUAAAAUGAAUACAGGAUCUGGCAUCUUCUAAAAGCAGGGUGUCUAUCCUGUUAUGAUCUAAAAAUGUUUCAUGCUUCUCAUGGGUAGUCUUGGGUUAAUCUUAAUCAUAGCUAGGAAUAUUGUGGGACAUAGUAAAACAGUGGUGCAUUUAUGCAGAGGUAAAUAUUCUUAUGAGCUAGAUACAUACAUUGCCCUAGCCAUGUCCUAGCUGGCUUUGUGUAACAAAGUGUGGAGAGGCUCAGAGAUGGCCUUGGAGAAACUAUGAAGAGAUGGUUACAACAUGUCAACACGCAUGCUUUAAGCCCAAGAAAAAUGGAAAACGAUAGAAAGAAGCCCAGUUUGGUUCCUCCUUAGUCCACUAGAGCCUAAGGAGAAGGGAGGGAAAAUCAGGCAUUCAAGAUUCUGUUACCAUACUCUAUGUCAAUAAAUAUAGUUUCAAUAAAACUUGCGGAAUUGGUUUCCUGUUCUAACCUAUCUCAAACAGCUGACAGUAAACCAACAUCAAACAAACCAUAUUAGAGGGAAUCAACUGAGUAACAAGUACCAGUAUUAAAACUCAAAGAUACUUAAAGGGAUACUUAACAAAAUGAGAAGUUAAUUGGCAAGCUAAGAAUAGCUCUCAUGGAUGAGUUAAUGCAGACAAAAUAGUUUUGUUUACAUUCGUUUUGACAGUGACAUGGUUCACACAACAGGGUUAAUGCAAAGGAUGGUUUGGAAGCCUGUUUCAAACCACGCUUUCAUAUCUUCUUUUCUAGGCAAGCUUUAUUUAUAGUUUUAUCAGAUAACAGUGCACAAUCAGGAUAGUAAAUGGCGACCCGUUGUUUAGUACUGUGCGAUGUUUGCAAAAGCAGGUAUGGAGAAUGAUUGAUGAGAGUGUGAAAGCUUUCCAAGGCUGCCGUUAUAAAGAUAACAUGAUGUAAGACCCAGCGGACUGUGGGGCUUACUCAGGACUGUACUGGACAAUAAGAAAAGGAUGAGAUUAAAAUGCUUGUGAUGUACAUGAUCGGAGAGAUUCUCUUUGAGGGGCACCAUUAUCCAGGGAAAAGAACAGCUAUAAACCUGAACAGCCUCCAUUGCAAGUUGUAGUCUGAAAUACUUUCAAAACACAAACAUACAUACACAUGCCCCGCUGUUGAUUAAGAAUACCAGGGUCGCAUUCAUAAAUCUUUCAAGGGACCCUUGAAAUUGAUUUUCAAGUGAUUAAGUUUAUUGAAACAGCUGAAAUGUACAGGACUUGUCACUAAUUCUCAUCUAUUUCUGUCUUCAUGUAAUGAAAUGCAAGAAGUUUGCUUCUCAAAAGUAAUUAAAGUAUUAACCAGAAUCCAACACGAGGGGGCAGAGUGGAGGCCCUUUUAUUACUAACCCAAAGGAUGUAUUUACUUCUGUGUUAUUAAUAUGUUUUGUUGAAUUAAAACAGGGAAAGGUCCAGUUGUUAGAUUAUGCAAUUAUAUGAUUUUAAAAAAAAACAUGGCUUAAAAAAACAAAUGCAAUUAUAUCUGAUUUACAAACAUUCUGUGGUAGGAAAGUUUUGUAGCACAUCUAUGCUACACAUACAAAGAUGCAUUCUAUUUGUUAUUGUAAAAGUAAGGAAGAGUAAGACUAAUGUUAUAAUUUAAACUAGCAGCUGAAUUUUAAAUACUUGUAUAUUUUGAUUUCCUUCUGAUUCAAUAAACAUUAUUUAAGAAAAUCGA